AUGAACUCUUCGUCGUCCGAUGUGAACCAAAGCGGAUCUCCUUUCUGCCUGCUGGGCCUGGGCUACACCCACACCUUUAACACUUGCGUGCUGGAGGCGGCCGUCAUUCUCUUCCUCACUAUCCUCAUCAUCAGCGGCAACCUGGUGGUGAUCUUCGUGUUUCACUGUGCUCCACUGCUCCACCGCCACACCACCAGCCACUUCAUCCAGACCAUGGCCUAUGCAGACCUCCUGGUGGGGGUGAGCUGCCUGGUGCCCUCCCUGUCCCUGCUCCACUACCUCAAGGGGUUGGACGAGGAGCUCACUUGUCAGGUGUUCGGCUACCUGGUGUCUGUGCUGAAGAGCGUGUCCAUGGCGUCUCUUGCGUGUAUUAGUGUUGACCGCUACAUCGCCAUCACACAGCCGUUCUCCUACGCUACACUGGUCACACCAUGCCGCCUGCGCGUCUGCAUCGGCCUCAUCUGGCUCUACUCCGCCCUCAUCUUCCUGCCCUCCAUCUUUGGCUGGGGGAAGCCCGGCUACCACGGGGACAUAUUUCGCUGGUGUGCGACCUCAUGGCAGACAGAUCCGGGCUUUAGCUCGUUCAUCGUGGCUCUGCUGUAUGCACCGGCCGCCCUCACUGUGUGUUUCACCUAUGGGAGUAUCUUCCGUAUCUGCCGUCAGCACACCCGGGAGAUCACCCAGCGCCAUGCACGCUUCGGCCCCCCGGAGAGCGAGAGGGGCGAGCGUUGUGAAGGGUGCCCGGAUAAGCGCUAUGCCAUGGUGCUUUUCCGUAUCACCAGUGUGUUCUACGUGCUCUGGAUGCCCUACAUCCUCUACUUCCUGCUGGAGAGCACCGGACUCUACCACCACCUGGUUGCCUCCUUUCUCACCACAUGGCUAGCCAUCAGCAACAGCUUCUGCAACUGCCUCAUCUAUAGUCUCUCCAACAGCAUGUUCCGGAAGGGCCUGGGCCAUCUGUUCAGGCAACUCUGGUCCCCCUUUCUGGGACUGGGCUGCUACAUGGAGGGGAAAAAGGGUCCCGCUCUACCCAGGCCGCGCCCAGCCCCAGCCUGCCAUGUGUAA